CCGCUCUUCCCCUCUCUCGCUUCAUCCCUUGCCCACUACGCCGUCCUGCGCCAAGGCUUUCUGCCUUCGCAUCGAUCCGUCCUCGCUGGCAAUGGCCGCCGUCGCCGCCGAGGUCUGCGUCAAGGCUGCCGUCGGCGCUCCCGACGUCCUCGGCGACUGUCCCUUUAGUCAGAGAGUUCUUCUGACGCUGGAGGAGAAGAAGAUUCCCUACGAUACGAAGUUGAUCGACGUCAGCAACAAGCCGGAUUGGUUCUUGGCAAUCAGCCCCGAGGGUAAGGUCCCAGUGUAUAAGCUGGACGAUGGUAAAUGGGCUCCCGACUCGGAUGUGAUCACCCAAAUUUUGGAGGAGAAAUUUCCGAACCCAUCGCUUGUCGCUCCGCAGGAGUACUCAUCAGUGGGAUCAAAAAUAUUUUCUUCUUUCAUAAAGUUCUUGAAAAGCAAGGAUGCCAAUGAUGGGUUGGAACAAGCUCUGGUUGACGAGCUACAUGGAUUGGAUGAGCAUCUGAAACAGCAUGGCCCAUAUGUCAAUGGCGAGAACAUAUCUGCUGUGGACUUGAGCUUGGCACCUAAGUUGUUCCAUCUCAUAAUUGUGCUUGAUCAUUUUAAAGGAUGGAAGGUUCCAGAGAAUCUUACCUAUGUUCAUGCUUACGUUAAGCUGCUCUUCAGCCGGGAGUCGUUUGUGAAGACGAAGCCUGCAAAGGAUGAGUACGUGAUUGCUGGAUGGGCACCAAAAGUUAAUGCUUGAUCUGUGUAGUUUUUAGCAGGAAUAUGGUUGAAUUGCUUUAAUUAGUGUGUCGAAUCUGUAAUGCGCUUAAUGUCCUUUCAAGUGCUGCUAUUAACUCUUGGGAAAACACAUGUUAUAUUAGCACAAUGAUAAGGCCAUCUGCUGCGAUUGAGGUA